GACUUGUAUUAGUAAGGGUAGCUGCUCCAGAUACGCACGAAUCUGCCUAUUUACUCCGCUUUAGAGUAUUUUACUGAAAAACUACAGUUCAGUAUGUACAUGUAUGCGGUCACAAUUUUGGUAAGCUUGGUUUUCUUGCAUAUACUUCUAAAGUUAUGGUUUCCUUACUUUGUGCUAGACUGCUUAUAUGUUUUGAAGACCAUAGCUUUUGGAAUGAGGAUGUCGAAAUACAAAAAGAAGCAGCCCUUCUACACUAUUUUAGAUUGUUUCUUGGAUGCAGUGAGGAGGACUCCUUGCAAACCCUUCAUAAUUUUUGAGAGCAGAACCUACAGUUAUAUGGACGUUGAUAAACAGAGUAACAAAGUUGCAAGAGCUCUAAGGAUCCAUACCGGCUUGAAACAGGGGGAUACGGUGGCUCUUUUUUUGGGGAAUGAGCCCUGCUACGCGUGGAUCUGGCUUGGCGUGGCAAAAAUAGGCUGUGCAACUGCUCUACUAAACUGCAGCAUCAGAUCCAAGUCUCUGUUGCACUGCUUCUCCUGCUCCGGGGCAAGCGUGCUCAUAGUUGCAGAAGGGCUGAAAGACGUGGUGGAGGAAAUCUUGCCGGCGUUACUGGAGCAGGACAUCGCGGUCUUAAUACUCACUAAGGGCUGUGACACGGCGGGCAUGGGGAGCCUCCUAGACAAGUUCGAGGAAGCGUCCGACGAGCCAGUGUCCGCCGCACUCCGGGCCGCGGUGUCGAGGAAGAGCCCUGCGCUGUACGUUUACACCUCGGGAACCACAGGUCUCCCCAAAGCAGCUGUAAUCACACAGGAGCGGCUGUGGGUUGCAACUUUCAUUCAGUCUCUGGCCGGAGUGACUUCUAAGGAUGUAUUGUACAUUAACCUCCCCCUCUACCACAGUGCUGGAUUCUCCAUUGGCUUUGCUGGUGCCAUUGAAAGGGGACUAACAAUCGUUCUUCGGAGAAAGUUUUCUGCCUCUAAGUUUUGGGAUGACUGUCGGAAACACAACGUCACUGUGAUCCAGUACAUCGGCGAGACCAUGCGCUACCUGUGCAACACGCAGAAGAAAGCUGAUGACAGGGACCACAGAGUGAGGCUUGCCAUUGGCAACGGGAUAAGAGCAGAUGUUUGGAAGGAGUUUCUGAAUCGAUUUGGCAGCAUCCAAGUGAGGGAGCUGUACGCCGCCACAGAAGGGAACAUCGGUUUCAUGAACCUCUCUGGGAAGCUUGGUGCAGUGGGACGUGUAAAUUACAUCCACAGAAAAAUUUUCCCCUACUUGCUGAUCAAAUAUGAUACAGAGAAGGAAGAGCCCGUGAGGAACUCUGAGGGUCUGUGUGUGGAAGUUCUCAAAGGAGAGACUGGACUGUUGGUUUCUAAAAUAACUGAAAAGGCCCCCUUUAAUGGAUACGCCAGAAAUCUCCAGCAGACGGAGAAGAAGCGACUGAGGAACGUGCUUCAGAAAGGAGACCUGUACUUCAACAGCGGAGACUUGCUUAGGAUCGAUGAGGACAACUUCAUCUACUUUCAGGACCGGAUCGGGGAUACUUUUAGGUGGAAGGGAGAGAAUGUGGCCACCACAGAAAUAGCAGAUAUCCUCAGCAUGGUUGAUUGUAUCAAGGAAGCAAAUGUGUAUGGCGUCAGAGUACCAGACCACGAGGGGAGAAUUGGAAUGGCGGCCAUCACAUUGAAAGAGGAUAAGCAGUUUGACUGUUCUAGCACGUUCAGCCAUGUUGCUAGCUACCUCCCUACGUACGCCAGGCCCCGCUUCAUAAGGAUUCAGAGUCAGUUAGACAUCACUGGGACAUACAAGCAGAAGAAAGUGAAGCUGGUCGACGAGGGAUUUAAUCCAGCUGCUAUUCAGGAUCCUCUCUAUAUCCUGGAUGAGCAAGAAAAGAGUUACAUCCCAAUGACACAAAAGACUUACAGCUUAAUAGCGUCAGGACAAAUGCAGCUGUAAAAACGUAAAAAAUUCUCCCCACAAAAUAACUCCAAACGAACAUUGCCUAUUCUUCACGUAGCUUUUCCGGAAAGGUUAUCUAAUCUCAGGGGAAUUAUAUGUGUUUAAUGAUUGUUUACAAGCAUGUAUAGAACAUGGAUGGAUGUAUAUAUAGUGUAUAGUACCAGAAAGGCACAUUUAUUUUAAUAGUAAUAAAAAUGAUUAAAAAAA